AUGGAGGCGAAGUAUCGACAGUGGUGUAGUACAUACAUGCGAUCGAGUCCGUCUGGCUUGUAUUGCUUUUACAAUGGCUCGGGUGACAACGGUGAUGCUGUAACAUGCUCUGAAGCACAUGGUUAUGCUAUGUUGAUUGCUGUACUUCAUGGCAACCAAGUUGACUUCGACGGUUUACUGACAUUUUUUCUGAAUUUCCGCAACGAACAUGGUCUGAUGAUGUGGCAAGUUCGGAUGAACCAAUCUGGCGCACUCUAUGUGGAGGAAGAUGCUCGCGAUUGUGCGACAGAUGGUGAUAUCGAUAUUGCAACAGCCUUGUUCCAGGCCCAGAGAGUUUGGCCGAAUGGCUCGUCGAACUUUCCAGCGGGUGCUUAUGGCUACGAGGCAGCCGCGCUGAGUGACGCUCUGUUGGCACAUUGUGUUCAUCCAGAGCUUCAUGUUCCUUUACUUGGCGACUGGUGCUGCACUGACAGCAAGGAAAACCGCCGUCUGCAUGACUCGACGCGCAGCUCUGACUUUAUUCUGUCGUCCUUUUUGCUUUUUCACAUGAAACAUCCAAACCCCGAAUCACGUCAGCGGUGGCAGCAAGUGCUUGAGGCGACGCUGCAAGUGGCCAUUUCGCAGCUGGAUGUGAAUCCGCGCACUGGUCUCAUUGCAGAUUUCCUCGUGCAUGACAAACGGCAUGGAUGGCAUCCAUCAAAAGGUAAGCAUCUGGAAUCUAAGUACGAUGGUGAGAUGAGUUGGAAUGCUUGCCGUACGCCUUGGCGUCUGGCUCAUUACUAUGCUGUCAGCGGAGAUCAGCGCAUUUUGCCUUUGUUGCAGACUAUGUUGAAGACGCUACUUAACGCCAACUUCCCUGCCGUUCCUGCGGGAAUCCGUAUACGUGAUGGAAAAGGUCUUGCUGAUUACUCGUCGCGCGCAUUUAUCGCUCCUGUUGGCUACUUAGCCUAUGCAUUGGGCGAUGGCGCCUCGCACAUGACGGCUAUCCGCGCUCUCGAUGACGAGGAAGACGAGUACUUUGGCGACUCGAUCGAUCUCGUCAUUGCUGAAGAGGCUAUGGCAGCCCCUAUGUGGCUGGCUUAG